AUGGCCUGCCCGUUCAAUAUUACAGUGGAGGUACCUAUCUAUAUGUGGCAUGCACCUAUAAUCCCACCAGCGAAAGGAACCCUUGAACUUGAAUAUCCAUUCCAUCCUACCACUCUUACCACUCACCAUUCAUACCAUGUAGAGACUGCCUCAUCGACGCCAGAAGUGCUGCCCAAGGAGGUUAUUUCCCCUCCAACUGCUCGAUUCAUCCUUACAAACUCCAGAACGGGAAUCGCUAAUCAGAUCGUCGCAGUGCGCAUCAACGCCUCUUUAGGCAGCCUCUUUCGCCGCCUCGCCUUCAACACACACGGAUUACAUGUCAGCUUGGGCAAGCCUGACGUUUAUCCACACCCGAUCACGAUCGCCAAUCAUGCCAUUGUGUUGACAUUCUGCAUGGCAUUUGACCAUGCAACGACUAUGCAAUCAGCCAAUCCAGCUGGCUUGAUCACACCUGAUGAGGUGAACGAAUUGAAUGAAACCCAAUGCACGACGACGCUGCGUGGCCUGUUUAUUCAAUGCGGCAAGAAACGAUGA